GUGAACUAGUUCACUGUGAUCAUUUUAGGCGAGCGCUUUUUACCAUUCCGCUAUUUACUUUUACUACUUACUUUUAAGAAGUUCGACGUAGAGGGUCCUCUGAAUGACCCAAUAAUAUGAAAUAAAAGGUUGUUCACUAAAGUCUUUGGAAUUACAGACUGAAAUAUGAUGUCGAUAAGCCCACCAUCGGGUUCGUUUCUAAAGUGCUAUGUUUGUGUAUCCAAUGAGUCCAGGAUUUGGAAGGAAAUUGUACAAUGUUUUCCCAAAAGCUCGUAUGAGGUGGAAAGAAACCUUCAAAACCUCCAGAAUGCUCUGGAGAAAUCACAAGUGAGGGCCAAAGUUAUUUGCAGGGGAUGCAACAUGCAGCGGUACUGCAGCGUAUCCCAUCUCAUUCAAGAUCGUCCGGAGCACCAAGCCCUCUGCCAGGUGCUAAGGGAUCUGCAGAAGUUCCGGAAGAUUGAUCAUCCGCUGUUGCUGCACGGCAAGAUCUCCAGUCGCACGAAGCUGCAGUUCGUCAUUUCCCAGCUAAAGCUGAUCUUGUGGGUGAAGCUGGGCAGACCUCUCACUCCGCGGGAGCAUCAACUAAUAGGGGAUCCCGCUGUUUGCGAUGUCUGCUUCAGCACCGGAGCCCUAGUAGACUGCGAUGGAUGUGCCGGGGUGGCCUUCUGCUCUGCAGGGCACCGCCAGCUAGUCAGCCUCUAUCACUCUUCAAAGGAUUGCAAAACUCUGGCUGUGAUCGCCAGUCCCUUCCGUCAAUUGGACGUUCUAGUCAAUAUCCAGCAAUUCUUCCAAAGCUGCCCAAUAAAGGAGAGCCAUUUAACUACGGCUUUUAGCAAGGCCACCAACAUUAAGCUGAGCAACACACCAUGGACCGAUCUGGAAUCGUACCAGCUGUUUGCCACCUGCUCCUCCUUCAGCGGCAUCGGCAGCCUUUGCUUGGCCCUGACGCAGAUUUCUUGGGUCCCUGAUCCGGAUAAAGCUGUCAUCGUUUACAUAGUGGGCGCCACCCAGGAGACCUUGAUAUACUUCCAGGACAUGCACCUGAAUUUCUUGUUCCUGCAGUUCCCCAACAUUCACCACUUGGAGUUGCACUUCAUGGGAAAAACACUUGGGCAAAUGGGAGAAACAGGAUUAGUCUUUUCCGAAAGGACAGUGAAGAAACACUUUUAUCCUUUAUCAUUCUCACAAUUUUCAUGUAUUUGCAAUGUGGAUCCUACAUUGAUCCUUAUACUACAACCGGAUUUCAUCGGCACCGGGAAUAUAACCCAGGAUCUAGUCAAUCUUGUACAAAAAAAUGAUCCACCGGACUUCGACUGGCACGAUUGUCUCUCCAGUAUUAUUCGAACUUUUGGUGUUCCCAUUUGCUAUACGUCGAUCUCACGUCUCAAGGCAAUGUCCGAUUUAACUGCCAUCAAUGAGAUUGCCAGGGAAAAUAAUAUAGACGUCAAGAGAGCCUACAACAUAUCGGAGAAUCCCUAUCGUGAAAUAGUACCACUACACAAUCCUGAUCCAUUGGAUCUUGAAAGGAUUGUUUAUGCUAAUAACUACCUGGAGGUUGUUUUUACAAGUAUCAAACACUAAAAAAAAGCUACCAAAGACUAUAUAUAGUAAGAUAGGUUCAAAGUAUUUAAAACAACCUAAGACUAUAUCGACUAACGAUAUUAAGAAAGAUCUCGUCUUAUAAUCAAAGCUAUCUUUAUCUACCUAUCUAUAGACUAUAAGAAUCUCAACUACCGAUAUUAGGAAAGUACACGUCGUACAAUUUAAACUACCUACCUUACAUUGACAAGACUCAAAAUAAUUUCAAACCACACAAGACUAUACGUAUAUCGACUCCCGAUGCUGAGAAAGUUUUCGUCGUAUAAAUUUAAACUACCAGAGUUAAUUAAUUAAUUUCAAACUACACAGGACUUUAUGCAUAUUGAAAGCAAGUUGACAGUGUUAUUAU